AUGUUCUUUGAGGUGUUCCUCAAGCAUGUAAGCAGAGAAAAUGAAUGUAAUUGCGUGCUUGGCUCCGAAUUACCAUCGAGUGGUAAUAAAAGUACUUUAGUAUUGCGGUUGACAGAGGUUCCUGCAAGUGAACGUGGCGAGUGUCCAAGUGGUGCAGAAGUUGACGAAAUUUUGCUCCCAAUAUUUGAAGAUCAACAGACUGUACCAGAUACGGACGACGUUGCUGCUGCGCAGGUAGAAAAUGGUAGCACCAUACAACAAGUCGAAGAGCAGCCAGUGAAAAUCGUAGCAGACGCAGGUCCGACAGAGGUUGAAUUAUUGAAGCGAGAGACAAAUUUAUUGAAACGUGAAAAAGAUUUGCUGAAGCGGGAGAGUGCAAUGCUACAGCGAAUGAUGCUUGGUGGUGAAACAUUGAGCCACCCGCAAUUGAAUCGAGCAACAAUUUCACUUGACCUGAUAAAAAAUCUGAUACCCGAGUAUGAAGGUGGCGUUAAUUUCAAUUUGUGGGCGGCACAGUUCAAAAGCGUCGCCAGUGCCUACACUAUAAAUGAAGGCGAGUCGCGCAUUAUUUUCCUUAACAAACUGAAAGGCAAAGCACAACAAUGGUUAUAUGUCAACCCCGAUUUCGCAACUCAACAAGUAGAUGAGCUCAUCAGUCAAAUGAAUCAAGUGUUUGGCUCAGGUAAAAACAGCUUUAUAAAAAAAUCUUGCGUUGCAGAAAAUUUGAAAUUGGAGUUUUUAUCAAAUGUGAAUACUUUUUAUUUUGGUUUAAAUAAUACGAGAAUUGUAACUUAUGGAAAGUUUUUGUGUUGUAUUAGAAUAAAUAAUAAAUUAUUUGAAUUAAAUUUUGUAGUAGUUGAUGGCUGCACUAUGUAUUAUGAGGCUGUAUUGGGAACAGAUUUUUUGAGAAUUUGUAAUUUUAAGUUAUUCAGAGCUGAAAAAAAAAUUGUUGUGAUGUAGGUAUGACGAAAAGUCGGCACGACAUUAAAUCCGAACUAAAGUAUAAAUGUAAAAAAGAUAGUCACGAUAACGAAGAUAUAUAUUUAAAGAAUAUAUAUGUAAACGACAAAGGCAAUGUGAAAGAAAACUGUAAAAUGGUAAUUAAAGAUUCAAGUCAAGUGACUAAAAAUUGCAAAGAAGAAAAUUUUGAGAAACAACUUUUAUUGAUGGCUAACGUUGUUAAUGAAGAAUUAAACUAUAACGAUAUCGAAAAAUUUAAUGAAAUUUUAAGUAAAUAUUAUAUAAAACCAAAGCGCGCGGCUGAACCUAAAAUUAAAAGUGAGAUGAAGUUGGUCGUUGACAAUGUAAAACCUUUCAACUGUCCUCCAAGACGUUUGUCCUAUUCUGAAAAAAAUGAAUUACAAAAAUUGUUGGAUGAGUUUUUGGAAAAGAAAAUAAUUAGGCCGAGUGAGUCAGAAUAUGUG